CCUUCCGCCGUCGUCGUUUUCAUCUCUCUUUCCUACCCUUUCUCUCUCUCCGGCGUGAUAUUGUUGGAAUUGCAGAUAUCAGGAGGAAAUGAGGGUAGCACGGUGUCUUGAGGUAUGGAAAAUGGGCACCAUCAACUAUUUGGAGUCUAUUAAGCUGCAGAAGAAAUUGGUCUCUGAUAGAAAAACUAACAAGAUUUCAGACACUCUCCUUUCCUUGCAACACCCACUUACAUAUACCCUAGGCAAAAGGCGUACUGAUCACAAUAUGUUGAUCCCUAUGUCUCAAUUGAAAAAGAUAGGAGCUGAACUUCAUUAUACUCAGAGGGGAGGAGACAUUACAUUUCAUGGUCCACAUCAAGCCAUCUUAUAUCCUAUAAUUUCUCUUCGUGAAAUUGGGCUUGGUGCUCGGAACUAUGUGGAGAAACUGGAGUUAACCAUGAUUGAGUUAGCAUCUCUGUAUGGAGUGAAAGCUUGUGCCGGACAAAAGGGUGAGACAGGGGUUUGGGUGGGAGAGAGAAAGAUUGGUGCAAUUGGUGUUCAGAUCUCAAAUGGAAUCACUUCUCAUGGGUUGGCAUUCAACAUUGAUCCUGAUUUGAACUAUUUUAAACAUAUUGUGCCAUGUGGAAUUGCAGAUAAGGGAGUUACAUCCUUGAGAAAGGAGACAGGAUUGGAGAAGUGCAAAAGCCAAAGAUGGGAAGGCCAAGGAAGCUUUAAAGGCUUGCAGUGGUUAUGUUGAUAAUAUUUGUGAUCACCUCAUGAAAACACACUUUUAUGCCCACAUAAAAGUAAGGUAGUUCUCUGCUUUAAUUAUACUGAUUCGGUAUCUUAAUAUUACAUCAUAGGUCUGUGGAGUUAUGCUUGGAAAACGGUGGCUAACUAUGCAAUAAUGACUUAGCAUUCCUUUUCAUACUGAUUUCAUUCAUUUCAUUACUAUUUGAGAUGAAUUUGAUAUCUUAUACACUAUGACACCAAAAGAGUAAUUAUCGGGCGGUAAUAUCCCCAGUGGCAAUUGGUUUCACAGUGUUAAUUUACCAUUGAAAGUUUUGCUUGCUUUGAACCAUAUUUGUCAUUGCUGUCUUGUACCUGAUUAUCACACUUUCAAUAGAUUAACUAGGGAAAUAAAUUGAGGGCUUUAGAUUAAAAACUAGAACUGGGUGAUGACUGAUGAGAGGAAAACAAAUCUACAAGUGUGCAGUACUAAUGUUUCCAUCAUUGACUUAGUAUGAGUGAGGAAAGUUCUUUUGUGGUAAGGAAAGAUCACAUCAUUUGAGUGGCUUGGUGCUGUACUGACAAAAAUGAACAUAAGAAGUAGAAAAGAAGAAACUAGAGAAAGAGAGAGUGAGAACAUCUUGGUUUGUCUUUUCUAGGGAAUAGGGUCAGGUAGAAAUAGAAUCCUUCCAUUGCACUAAAGAUAUGCUUUUGUUGUUCUACAGAAAUUUGAAGCUAAUAAAUCAUGAUUCUAAUUAUUUUUCCGCUGAGAAAGAGUUUAGUUUUUUCAUUUCUUAGGAUUAUAGAUCUUUGAUUGUCUUCAAAUAAUUUGGUUUGAAGGUUCAUUCCCUGUUCAUUCUAGUUCAAGUAAAUUCAUGUCUUAUGUCUGCACACAUGGGAGUGUCUCUCUAAUCUUAUUGGGACAAGAAUUCAAUCUCAAGAAUCAAAGCUUGAAAUAUUG